AUGUCCUGGAAGGAGGAGUGCAUGAGUUCACCCUCAUGUUUCAUCCAGCGCUUGGACCACCUUGUGUUGACUGUGAAGAGCAUUGAGGACACUGUGGCCUUUUAUUCCAAAGUCCUGGGCAUGGAAGUGGUGACUUUCAAGGGAACUCGCAAAGCUUUACAUUUUGGCAACCAGAAGUUUAACCUUCACGAGGCUGGGAAGGAGUUUGAACCAAAGGCUCGGUGCCCCAUCCCUGGCUCUGCAGAUCUCUGCCUUAUCACAGAGGUACCCCUGGACCAGCUGCAGGAUCAUCUGAAGGCCUGUGGGGUGGUUAUUGAAGAAGGUCCCGUGGCCAGAACUGGUGCCAUGGGUCCAAUAACAUCCAUCUACUUCCGAGACCCUGAUGAGAACCUGAUCGAGGUUUCCAGGUACUGCCCAGAUGUGACUGCAGCCCACAGAGGAGAACCCUGA